CUUCCAUCUCGGAGUCACGAGCGUCACCCGCUGCUUGCCUGCCUCCACCACGUCGCUUCAAGUUGACCUGCAGUUACCUCUAUUAUAUCCCACGAAACUGGCGUAUAACUGCGCAUUGACAUCGCAACUCGCCUCGCCAGCAACAGAUACGUUGAGUUGUUGCUGCAACAGUUGUUCGAGCCAAAAUGUCAAGACAAGUACGCUCGAAGGUGGCACCGCGAAGGUCGUGGCGCUCGGUGACGGGUUUAUUGCUUCACAGUCGGACGCUGCAUAGCACGUUGGCGAUGAUGGAGCACCAGGACAACGUCGCUCGGCUAAUCAGCGAGAUGCCGCGUGCUCACAGCCCGAGACGGCGAACCAUUGAGAUCCAGCACAUGCCGCAUGCCGCUCCUGUUAUCAAACUACUGGCCAAGCCACUUGUGUUCAGGAAGACCAAGCGCGAGCUCGAGCGAGAGCAACAACAAGCACAAGAGCGCCGACAGCUCGAACGGAUGCAGAACAAGAAGCGGCAAAUGGGACAGACUCGGGAGAAUAUCAAACGUGCACGACCUAAGUGUGCACGUAUGCUGCAGUGGAGUUGCCGAAGGGCAUCGGAGUAUAUUAAUUCGAGACCGGCAGAGUUGCGUACACAGUCCCGGCGUCGACUGUUUUAAAGUGAUGACGUCAAGAGCUUGACCAAGUCCAGUUGAUGCGAGUCAAGAUGAUCCAAGUGCAUUUUUGAAGUGGAGAGCACUCGAUUUGAACAGGUACAGCAGAGUGGAAACAAACGCUCUCGACUACACUAUGAACGAUGGUUUGGACGGAAGCUAGUAGAGCAGAUCCAUCGUCACUUUCGGCGCAAUUUCAAGGAAAUAAAGGCCCUAGUAGCCGCUCAUACAAUAAAUAGAGAAACAUGAUACUUAAGUAUCAAUACUCUCG